AUGUGGAAUCUAAAUGACUCACCCGAUGAGAGAAAAAAGUAUGAAUCAGAAGGAUGUUCAAUCGACGGUGAGGAAGUUGAUGAAAAAGGAAAAGGAGUUGGAUCUGUUUCAAAUUCAAGUUCAUCUGUAGUUGUUAUAGAAGAUGGAUCGGAAGAAGAAGGUAACGGUAACAGCAAUAACAGUAAAGGUAACGGAGUUAUAAAGAAAAGAACUAGUAAGAUUUUCGGAUUCUCAAUGGAUGACAGUGACGAGUUUCCGCCGGUGACUAGACAGUUUUUUCCGGUGGAGGAUUCUGAUGUGACAGCGGUUGCGGAUUGUUCUCCCGGUAGAGGCGGCGGAGGAGUUAGUUCUUCGUUUCCACGUGCUCACUGGGUUGGUGUGAAGUUUUGUCAAUCGGAAACGGUUAACGGUGGGAAGUCAGUUGAAGCGUCGUCCCAACCGAUUAAGAAGAGUCGUCGUGGACCACGGUCGAGAAGUUCGCAGUAUAGAGGUGUUACUUUUUACCGACGAACAGGUCGAUGGGAAUCUCAUAUAUGGGAUUGUGGAAAACAAGUGUAUUUGGGUGGAUUUGACACGGCACAUGCAGCUGCUCGUGCAUAUGAUAGAGCUGCAAUUAAGUUCAGAGGAGUGGAAGCUGAUAUUAACUUCAACAUAGAAGAUUAUGAAGAGGAUUUGAAGCAGAUGAGCAAUUUAACCAAGGAAGAGUUUGUGCAUGUGCUUCGGCGACAAAGCACUGGAUUUCCGAGAGGGAGUUCGAAAUAUAGAGGUGUAACUUUGCAUAAAUGUGGAAGAUGGGAAGCGCGAAUGGGUCAAUUCUUAGGCAAAAAUUUGAUUCGAUUUACUAGGUAUGUUUAUCUGGGUUUGUUCGAUACCGAGGUUGAAGCUGCAAGGGCAUAUGAUAAAGCAGCAAUAAAAUGCAAUGGCAAAGAAGCUGUUACCAAUUUUGAUCCCAGCAUCUAUGAUAAUGAGCUUAAUACUACUACUGAAUCCUCAGGUAAUGCUGCGGAUCAUAAUCUGGAUUUAAGUUUGGGUAGUUCAAGUUCUAAAGGUAGCAAUAGUCAAGCAUUUGGGAAUUACAACACAGAUCAGCAUAUGGCACCUGAAUCAAAUUGGCGGAAUGGUGGAAUCCGGCCUAAACCGGUAAAUAUACUUCCAAAACCAUGUGGUGUAAGUAACAUGGAAGGCUAUGGAAGGGACGGUUAUGUAGAGAGCGAAGCCUUGCGGAUGUUAAGCCAAACUCAUCUUAAAUCUCCGGUCACUAAUGAAAUGCAUAGAUAUGGUCCCUACAGAUCACCUGUUGAACAACAACACCCUCAAAUGCUUCACAGUUUUCCACAUCUUCACCCCUCAAAUUUUCAUGUAUCUAGCAGCAGCAGCAACGGAGGCCGAAUUGGAAGCGAUUUAUCAUUAUCAAUGACGGAUCAACAAAAAUGGCAAACUGGGCCGCCACAUUCGUUCGCAACUGCUGUUGCAGCAUCAUCAGGAUUCCCACCUCAGAUAACAAGACCCUCUUCUUCUUCUCAAGGUUGGCUGCAGAAAAAUGGGUUCCACACUCUCAUGAGACCCUCUUGA